UCUGGGGAAUUACCCGUCGUUUUCCUUCCCAAUUAUGUUCACUUUUGCUGCCUUCUGCUAUAUGCUGUCUCUGGUCCUCUGCGUGUCUCUCAUCUUCUUCGCAAUAUGGCAUAUAACAGCUUUUGAUGAGCUCCAGGCUGACUUCAAGGUGCCAAUUGAUCAAGGCAACCCACUCCAUGCGAGGGAGAGACUGCGAAACAUCGAGAGGAUCUGCAACCUGCUGAGAAAGUUGGUGCUACCAGAGUACUCGAUCCAUGUUCUCUUCUGUAUCAUGUUCCUGUGUGCCCAAGAAUGGCUGACUGUGGGCCUCAACAUCCCCCUGCUCUUCUACAACACAUGGAGUAGGUACUUCCAUUCCCCAACGGAUACCAAGGAGUUGAUCUACGACCCAGCUUCGGUUAUGAACGGCGACACGCUCAAGUUCUGCCUGAAGGAGGCCUGGUGCAAGCUAUCCUUCUUUGUCCUGUCCUUCUUCUACUAUUUGUACUGUAUGGUCUACUCCCUGGUUACCUCAUAACAACUGACCUUUCACGAACUGGAGAAACAAAAAGCCUCUGGAUACACAAACUGCCAUUUUUUACAAGAGUGAUUUUUGCAAGAGACAUAAACUUAUGCAUCUUUGCUGCUUCACUUUCAACUCAAAAGCAAAGGGACAAGGUCAACUAUACAUACAAAAACUACCAUUCACAGUUUGAUUGGUAAUAUUGAGUUGAUCAUAGCCUGGCGAACAAAAGUAAUGUUAACUCUCCCUCUCACACACACACACAAGGACACACACACAUGCACUCACAUAUACAGCUUCCUCUGGAGUGUUGCAGUUAUUUAUGGUCUAGUAGCAGUGAUGGUAGCGCACAGGAUGAAAAGCAUAGUAGCAUUUGCACAGUUUGUCUCAGGCACAGCAGUACUGCCCGACCCAGCUCAGCUUAGCAUUCGCCCGGCUUCGGAACCUCAACGACCGUAGCAAGAGUGAGUCAGAAACGGAGGAUGCAUGGAUAAACUGGAUCACACUGCGAAAGGCAAAACCAUUUGGGCGCGGCACCAAUAGCAGCACAUACAUAAAGUACAUUAUGACUUAGUGUGGUGGGCAUUUUGAUGUACUCUUUGUCAAAAGGCAUUUCCAACUGAAACAUGGAGGUUCUGUAUACAGCAAAUGCCUUCUUCAUGUUGUUUUAGUGUUGUCCUAUGAGAAAUAUUUCUAAAACUCCCAGCUAAAAGGCAAUGUGUUAAAAGUUUUAUUUAAACACAUAUUUGCACAAAAAGGGGAUUUAAUCUUGCACAACAUUUGCGAUAUUUGGCUGUGUGUUCAUGAUCAUGUAUGACAGUUCAGGCACCCAGGUGAAGGUCUUCCAGUAUGUAAAAUUUAAAACAGGGAAGCUACUGUAUGUGACAAUAUUGUAGCUCUAUUAAAACAAGGGACCAAAUGCAUUUUGGGUAAUAAUUUAUUAUGUGUGAGAUUUUAUUGCAUCCAUAUUUAUCUAAACGAUUGUUGUUUUUCAACAUUAAGAAUGAUGAAUGAAGCACAAAUGGACAUUGUUGAUUGGAAUCCGUCACUUAUUCUAUCCAUUCUAAAUCUAAUAAAAGCAACUGUAGCAGCUGAUGUAGGCGUCAUCACAACUGACACUAUUUACACAACAUAUGCUUGCUAUAACACGAUUACCUUCAAGUCAGAUAUUACCUCCAUAAAUAGGUCACAUGGCAAAUAUGUAAUUUUGUCAAUGCGGAGCAGGCAUUUCCCAAAUAUAGUCUGCAUUCUCUAUGUGUCCUCGUCGAAACCACCGCCUGUUCCCAAUAUUACCACCAUCAUGGAUUGGAAGUCCUGCAUUUUUUUUCCUCUGUAUUUUGCCCUAUUCGAAUUCUAGCAUUUUCUA